GCUGUUUUCUCCCUUAUCUGCUCCUUCCCCACAGCAAAUUGCUACUCCCCCCACUCCCCGCCCUUCCAACCUAGUACAUAUAUAUAUAAGAGGCGCCAACAGAACCCCACCCAACUUGUUUCUUUACCCAAAGUCAUCUGGUCAACACAGAACCUGAAGUUCCAGCGGGGGGAAACCAGGAGCUGACAUGGCCUACCAGACGGAGUUCAUCAUCGAUGCCCAGCCACAAGCUGUUGGCGCCAGCUACACUUUGAGCAACCAAGGGGCCUGGAAUACAGACCUGUGUGACUGCUGUUCCGAUAUGGGCAUCUGUCUCUGUGGUACCUUCGUUCCAUGCAUCCUUGCCUGUCGUGUGUCAGAGCAGGCAGGUGAGUGCUGCUGCCUCCCAUACCUGCCUGGUACUAUCAUUGCUCUGCGGACCAGUGUGCGCGAGAGAUUCCACAUUGAGGGCUCCAUUUGUGAGGACUGGGUGGUCAUGGCCUGCUGUCCAUUCUGCGGCCUCUGUCAACUCGCCCGAGAGCUGAAGAACAAGAACUGAAGCAGAAGGGAAGCUGGCAGACAUUCUUCACUCCUGCAGGGAGAACAAAGUAGCUGGAUCAAUGGCAGUGAGGGACGGAGGCCAACUUCUGAACCCAGAAGCGUAUCAACUGCAGAGCAAAAGACCUAUUGUCCUUGCACAAGGAAAGAGGAAAAGAUACGGCUCUCCUCUGUUCAGCCCCUGUGGUCAUCCCACCUUGAAAAUUGUGUCAAAAUAAAAUAAUCAUUGUCUCAAA